AUGGUACUCGCUACCCUUCCGCUGCGCUCGAUCCUGCACAGUCCGAGCCAAUCUAGGUGGCUCGCCAAAUGGGCCAUAGAGUUGAGCGAGUACGACAUCGAGUAUCGGAACAUGCCAUCUGCUAAAUCACAGGUGUUCGCAGAUUUUCUCAUCGAACUUCCAACCGAGUCGACGACCGAGCCAACCCCAGACGAAGUUUGGAUGCUGCACGUCGACGGCUCGUCAUCUAAACACGGCUUGGGAGUAGGAAUUUGUCUCACCUCUCCCACCGGAGAAAUAUUGGAGCAGUCUUUUCGCCUGAACUUCCAUGCCUCGAACAACGAAGCGGAGUACGAAGCACUGAUCGCUGGCCUACGACUGUUUGACGAGUUCGAACUCACACGAAUACCUCGAGGCGAAAACACCUCGGCGGACGCCUUAGCAGCACUUGCUUCAACCUCAGACCCGGAUCUCCGUCCAACAAUUCCGGUCGAAUUCAUCGAACGUCCAAGCAUAGAGGAGGUAGAAGGAGUUCGGCUGAUCAAUCCUCCCGAGGAGGAACCAGAGAACGGCGAAGCAGUCGCUAUGGAAGAAGACGCCUCACUAACCGAGCUGGAGUACGGCUGCGACAAGGAAUGGCUCGGAGCCAUCCGAGUAUACAUCGCCGAUGGAGAAGUACCAUCCAACAAGUGGAAAGCCCGCAAAUUUAGGGCUCAGGCCGCGCGAUACGUCCUCGUCGACGGCGAGGUAUUCAAAUGGAGAUUUUCAGGAUCGCUAAUGACGUGUGUCGAAGGACCGGAAGCAAGAAAGAUAAUGCACGAGGUGCACAGCGGCGCGUGCGGAAAUCAUUCUAGCGGAAAGUCACUUGCGAUCAAGAUAAAACGGCACGGUUACUUCUGGUCUACGAUGGUCAAGGACUGCGAGAAGUUUACGGCGAAGUGCGACAAGUGUCAGCGGCACGCGCCUACAAUCCAUCAACCUACCAAGCUGCUGUCGUCGGUUGAGGCCGAUUCUUACGCGAGCAUUAAGGACGCUCAAGUCGAACACUUCGUCUGGAAGAAUAUCAUCUGCCGACACGGGGUCCCCUAUGAAAUAGUCACCGACAACGGAUCCCAGUUCAUCUCAACUCGCUUUGAAGCUUUGUGCGAGAAAUGGAAAAUUCGUCUGAGCAAAUCUGCGCCGAGAAAUCCCCAGGGGAAUGGACAAACCGAAGCAGCCAACAAGACGAUCCUAGACGGCCUGAAAAAGAGGCUCGAUGCCAAAAAAGGACGAUCGGUAGACAAACUCGAAGGAGUCCUUUGUUCGCAUCGGACGACCCCGCGCCGAGCCACCGGAGAAACUCCAUUCGCUCUCGUCUAUGGAACGGAGUGCGUAAUUCCCCCCGAGGCGGAUAUCCCAGGGAUUCGACGAAAACUUCUGCCAGUACAGGAGGGCUUGAAUCAUUUAAUGAUGCUGGAUGAGCUCGACUUGAUCCCUGCAAAGGGUACGUAG